AUGGCCGAUCCCCUUCGGGAUUCAGACCAAGACGAGGCAAAGUCGGCAGAAUCAGGCCACAGUCAGUUGGAUCAAUAUUCGCAGCAACUGGUCCACCGACUCCAUGACGAACUAAAAGACAACCUCUUGGCCGUCCAUCUUUUCGGUUCGGCUGGGUACAGCGCAUACCAACCUGGCAUCAGUGACGUUGAUGUCUAUGCAAUCAUACAUGAGCCGAUAUCCGAUUACCGUCACCUCUCUGAAAUCAUCAGCCAUCACUCUUUGCCCUGUCCAGCACGCAAACUUGAGUUUGUCCUCUUCACCAAGGCCAAUGCAGCCCGGCAGGCACCCGAUCCCAAAUUCGAAAUGAACUUCAACACAGGCAAGGGUAUGGAAGACUAUAUCAACUUGGAUUCCCAAACUGAGCCACGAUUUUGGUUUUUACUCGAUAUCGCCGUUGGUCGUGAGCUGGGCAAGUCUAUCUUUGGACCACCGCCCGAUACGCUCUUUGCGGCUCCGUCAUCGGAAUGUGUAUUCGAUUGCAUGAUCGAAUCUUUAGCCUGGCACCGUCAAAAUGGCCCUGUGGAUCACAAUGGUAUCCUCAAUGCGUGCCGGCAGUUGAGGUAUGAAAAAACUUCUAUAUGGGGCUCCAAGAAGGAUGGUGGCAACUGGGUCCUUGAACACUAUGACCAUCCCAAUAUCGUUACCCUUGCCAUGGACGCCCGGCAUUCAGAGACGCAAUUGCCGCCAGACCUGGGGGCUGACUUUCUGGAUUUUGUGGAAGACGAGAUCAAACGAGACAAGGUGUCAGAUGAGCAAGGCUAA